AUGGGCGUUGUUGAUGCUUCGAACCUCAACGCCGGCAUCGCGGGACUUGCCAGUCCAUCCGAAUGGCUAUCCCAGUCGAACACAAUCUCCCUGCCACCAGAAACGACGGACAGCCCUUCUAAUUCCUCUCCAACGGCGCCCGGGCGAUCCUCUUCUUCGCCUCGCCCCCCGGUUUGCUCUACGGCCAACACGCAAGGGGUUGCUGGGGAGCCAGUUGGUGAGGCUUCCACGGCUUGUACCAAUUGCCUCACGAAAGCGUCGCCACUGUGGCGUCGGAAUCCCCAGGGACAGCCUCUCUGCAACGCAUGCGGUCUCUUUCUGACGCUCCACGGUGAUGUUGAGCCGCGUGGGUCGAGACCAGGGGGCAACAGGAAGUGCACGCGGUGCUCCAUGCCUGGCUACAAACGAGACGUCAGACGCAGCGCGAACCGCCGCUCCGGUGUCGACCGGCCCGCUGGUGCAACAAACACCGGAUCCAAGAAAGACACAGACAACCCUUCGUUCUAUCUCAGUGGUGCCCCAUCGCACAACUAUUCAGCACAACCAAUAUCCAGAUCCAACAGCCCCAGCCAGCUCAACAUUCGCCCACCAGCAGACCGCGUGGACGGCGCAACGGAAGACGAGAGUCCGGGAAGCGGCGGUACUGCUUCCGUUGAUAGCACCAAUCCCGAGCAUCCGAGCUGCUCUACGGAGCCAGCUGGGUCCGGAGGUUCCCGAAAUGGGCCUGAAGGGAUGCCAGGUUCCAUAACGAGACCUCAGGGGUUGGAGUGGCUUGCUAUUACACUGUAA